AUGGGGAAGGAUGUAGAAAGAAGCUGUAAUUUUUCUGGUUAUGCCUUGUUUACAGAGGAUUUCUAUAAGAAAAGCUCAAGAAAGUACAAGUCACUUGAAGCAGGGAAUCCACAUGUGAAAAAUGCAUGGGAUAAAUUAUCUGAACAGCAAAGGGAGGAAUAUUGUCAAAGGGCUAAGGAACAAAGACCUCCCACACGGUCCAAGAAGUAUAUUGUUCCUUUCUAUACAAGAUGUGCACCAAAACAAUUCAUACAAGUAAUACUAUCAACAAAGGAUAGAUUGGGUAAGUUUGAUUGGUCAUCUUAUGUGUUGAAUGAACUAUACAAGGGGAUUGGAGUGUACAAGAAACAAUUAGAAAAAGGCAAGUUGAUUGAAAAGAAGAAGAAUGUGCCAGGUUGUCUAUACUUCCUAAUGAUAUAUUGUCUACAAAAAUUUCCAUUAGGGGAAAGAAAAGCUUCACAUGUUAAGCAUGCUGUUACAUAUUGGGAUAAAAAGAAAGUGCAGCAAAGAGUUAAAGAGGAGAAGGAGAGCAAUCGAGGAAUAUUACAUCUGGCUAAGCAAUCCACCAAAUUUGAUCCUGAAAAUUUAACUCACCCCCGAGAAGAUAAAGAUGAGGAAGAAGAAUCUAAAUCAGAAGAGGAGAAAGUUGUAAAGGGAAGUGAUUCAGAGGAUGAGGAAGAAGAUGAUAGAAAUGAAGAAGAUUCUGAGUCAGAAGAUGAUAGAAAUGAAGAAGAAGAACAAGAAACUCACUCAGAAAAGAAGAUAGGUGGACAAGAAUUAGAUGACGAAGACAAAGAAGUUGUCUAUGAGGACAAAGAAGAUGAAGAAGAAAAUAAAAGAGAAGAAAAGGAUGAAGAGGACAAAGAAGUGCAUGAGAACAACCAAGGGGAAGGGAACAAACAUGUGAGGAAAUCAACAAGGGUCAUAAGUAAGGGUAAAGCUCUUAGGUCUCCAUUUCUGAAAAUUAAAAGUAAGGCUGGGAAAAAGAGAACAAUUCAUGACAAGCUAGCUUUAUUUGACAUGUGUACAACAAGGUGUAAUGAAGAGGAGUAA